AUGGACGAGGACGAUCACCAUGGCCCGCACAUGGUCAAGAUCGCCGUCAUCUGCUCCGGUGCGGUGCUGAGCCAACAACCUCCACCUCCAUGGCUCCUAGCUUGGUCACUUGCCCAAACAUCACCUUCAUCAAACAAUGGUCCUUCUGUUGAUAAUACAAGUUGCAACCUCAGAGUUCCAGAAAAAUUGUCUUUCAUUUAUACUACAGAUGCUAUAUGUGAACUAUCGAAGUUGACUUCUUCCAUGAUGCCCAUGAAGCUAAGGGUGAUCGACGCGGACUAUCGUGGCCCGGUGGGCCUCGUGCUCUUCAACCACUCUGAGGUGGACUUUGCCGUGAAGCCCGGCGGCCACAUAUUGCACAGAUGA